AUGAAAACACACAGCGCACAAGUGAUCUGGUACGGGAGCGGGAAAAGCGAUGACUAUUCAAGUGAUUCUGAUAAAUAUAGUGAUAAUAUAUCUGAAUGUGAAUCAGAAAAUUGCAGCGACUAUGGCUCUGACUAUGAGUCAGAUAUCGAAACAAGUACUAUCAAGUCUCCAGUAUUCCACCCUCCAAAAAGGCAAGAAAAAUUUGAUAAUAAAUUUACCCAGAUGGAUCUAUUAAAUAGAAUUUGCGAAAUUGCUUCCUCACCUGCUAGAGAUAUGUCAAACAAUAAAGGAAUCAGUCUACUCGAUGCGUAUACACGAGAAGAAUUAACCAAUAAAUUAGUUAUUCAGAUGGAGCAAGAUGAAUAUAGAAAGUUUUCAGUUGUAGAUGAUAUCUCAGAAGUGUAUGAUUUAUCUGAAAUACAUAAAAGCAUUAGCGGGGAACUAUCACUAAGAGCUGUAAUUGAUAUCGAUGCAUCGUGA